UGUGUUUUGUUGACGUUUGUCGGUCGGUGGCUUUUUGCGGAUGAUUUUCAGACUUUCUCCAGCCGCUGCUGCAAUGUCAUCGGCCUCUGGCAACUAGCAACCUGGAAGCGACACAGCCGUCAGGCUCCGCUGCCAAUGCGCUUAGCUCUUCCAGAUGUAGCCGCAUAUCAACGGUAAGGGUGAAGGAAGAAGGCUUGGAGUGAUGUUUCACUCACCGGUGUAGAAAAAUAAGGAGGAAACUGUUUAUCACCUCGACUGGAGGGGAGAAAGGGAAAGAAAGACCCCGGUUCAUAUUCCGAACCUGUUUCAUUUUAAGGCUCCUAUUGAAAGCUGGCUGGUUGGUGCCUUAAGUCCACUCAGAUAUGGCUAUCUUGAGACAAUUUAGACUGCUGGUGUGGAAGAACUAUCUUCAGCAGAAACGUCAGAUCCUUGUAACUCUGGUGGAGAUCCUCCUGCCACUGCUUUUCUCCGGCAUCCUCAUCGUUCUGCGUCAGAAGGUGCCCUUUCAGGACUACCCGAAUGCCACCAUCUAUGAAAGCUUCGCUGUCGACAGCUUACCUAAACGUUUUCUGCGAGACCUGCAGCUGGGCUAUGUGCCCGGUAACUCCAGCGUGGUGCGUCAGGUGGCAGAAGACGUGCGAGCUAGCCUGUCUCUGGCCUCAGUGCGUGGGUUUGAGACAGAGGAGCAGUUUGAGAAGCAUGUCAAAACCGACCCUCUGUCGCACAAGCUAUUGGCUGCUGUGGUCUUUGAACAGCCCUUCAGUCGUGACGAUGAACCCCUACCCCUGCAGGUGAGCUACCACCUUCGCUUCACCUUCACUCCACGAAAUGCGCCUCCUAGAGAGAAGUCUGAACUAAGCCCAAACAGCGACCUGGACUGGCACACCAUCAGCCUCUUUCCCCUUUUCCAGCUGCCAGGGCCCAGAGAGCAGCAUGACAAGGAAGGUGGAACACCAGGUUAUUUCCGUGAGGGCUUUCUGGCCGUCCAGCAUGCAGUAGACCGCGCCAUAAUGCGAUCCCACAACAGAACGGGAGCAGACCAUCUGCUGGGACAGACCAGGGUAGUUCUGUCCCGCUUUCCAUACCCGAACUUUAUCUAUGAUGUCUUCAUCUUGGCCAUUCAGAACCAGCUGCCACUUCUCUUGGUGCUCAGCUUCACUUAUACGUCCCUCAACAUAGUGCGAGCCGUGGUGCAGGAGAAGGAACGGAAACUCAAGGAGUACAUGAGGAUGAUGGGCCUCAGCAACUGGCUGCAUUGGAGCGCAUGGUUCCUGAUGUUCUUCCUCUUUCUUUCCAUUUCAGUAUUUUUUGUUACCCUGCUCCUCUGUAUCCAGGUGAGUCCAAAUGGUGCUGUGCUGAACUACAGUGACCCCACGCUGGUCUUCGUCUUCCUGCUCGUCUUCACUGUGGCCACCAUCAACUACAGCUUCAUGAUCAGUGCCUUCUUCUCACGAGCCAAUGUGGCAGCAGCAGCAGGAGGCUUCAUCUACUUCCUCAGCUACCUGCCUUAUUUAUUCCUGUGGCCUCGCUAUGACUUACUGAGCCAUGCUCAAAAGGUGUCGGCCUGCCUUAUCUCCAACGUGGCCAUGGCCAUGGGAGCACAGCUUAUAGGAAUGUUUGAAGGCAAAGGUACAGGAAUACAAUGGUCGAACUUGUGUGACUCUGUGACCGUGGACGAUGACUUCUCCAUGGCCCAGGUUCUUUCUUUGCUGCUGUUUGACGCGGUGCUUUACGGCCUGGUGGCCUGGUACAUGGAGGCUGUGUUUCCCGGGGAAUACGGAGUGCCUCUUCCAUCCUACUUCUUUUUACUGCCUUCAUACUGGUGCAGCAGCCCUCGUGUGGCUUUGUUGAACGAGAAGGAAGAAGAAGAAGAUGCAGAGAAAGCUAUGAAGGGAGAGUUUAUGGAGGAGGAGCCAGCUGGAGUAGUGUCUGGAAUAAAGAUUAAACACCUCACUAAGGACUUCAAAGUAGGAAACAAGACACGACAGGCUGUGCGAGAUCUGACGUUGAACAUGUUUGAGGGGCAGAUCACAGUGGUGCUUGGACACAACGGUGCCGGGAAGACCACCACGCUCUCCAUGCUUACAGGUCUGUUUCCACCCACCAGUGGCAGGGCGUACAUAAACGGCUACGACAUCUGUCAGGACAUGGCUCUGAUCCGACGCAGUCUGGGUCUCUGUCCCCAGCACGACGUUUUAUUUGAUAACCUCACAGUGAGAGAGCAUCUGCUCUUCUACGCGCAGCUAAAAGGCUUUCACAAGGAGCAGAUUUCAGAUGAGGUGGAUCGGAUCAUCUCCAUCCUGAAUCUUGAGGACAAGCGUCAUUCUCGCUCCAAGACCCUCUCUGGUGGCAUGAAGAGGAAGCUCUCUAUCGGCAUCGCCCUCAUUGGAGACUCCAAGGUUGUCAUGCUAGACGAGCCCACGUCGGGUAUGGAUCCAUCGGCACGGAGAGCCACCUGGGACCUUCUGCAGGGAGAGAAACGAGGUCGCACCAUCCUCCUCACCACUCACUUCAUGGAUGAGGCCGACCUGCUCGGCGACCGGAUCGCCAUCAUGGCGGGGGGUGAGCUGCAGUGCUGCGGAUCACCACUCUUCCUUAAGAACAAAUAUGGUGCUGGCUACCACAUGGUGAUCGUCAAGGAUGCACUUUGUAAUGUGUCUGAGAUCACUCGCCUUGUUCACAUGUAUGUUCCCAAUGCUACACUGGAGAGCAGCGCUGGAGCAGAGCUGUCCUACAUCCUGCCUAAAGAAAGCACCAGCAAGUUUGAGCUGCUGUUUGCUGAGCUGGAGAUGAAUAAGGAGGAACUUGGUAUUGCAAGCUAUGGAGCCUCAGUCACCACCAUGGAAGAAGUUUUUUUGAGAGUGGGGAAGCUUGUUGAUACUAGUUUGGACAUUCAAGCAAUCCAGCUGCCGGCUCUUCAGUACCAACACGAGAGACGCUCCCAUGAUUGGACCACAGAUGACGCCAGCAGCAUCAGCGGCCUGACAGAUGUCACAGAUUUCACAGACAGCGGCACACUCGUGUCUGAGGAUGGGUCAAAUAUUAAACUGAACACAGGGGUAAGACUCCACCUGCAGCAGUUUUAUGCCAUGUUUCUGAAGAGGGCACUGUACAGCUGGAGGAACUGGAAGGUGAUGGUGGCUCAGUUUUUGGUCCCUUUGAUCUUCACUGUUGUGGCCUUAGUAGUGGCGCGCACCCUUCCCAACCACCAGAAUGCUCCACAGCUGAGACUGGACCUCAGCCGCUACGGUCCCACCAGGGUCCCAGUGGCCCUGCAGCCUGAGGCGGGUCCCCUUGCAUCUUCUCUUGCCAAUAUGUAUGCCUCCCAGCUCCUGGCACAGCUGGGCGAGCUCCAAAAUAUCACAGACUUCACUGAUUAUGUCCUGACGCAAGCAAAAGCAGAAGGUGGAAGCUUCAAUGAGCGCUGCGUGGUGGGUGCUGCCUUCCUAGGCAGGAGCAGCUGCUACUCGGAAGCUACAGCCUAUUUCAACAACCAGGGCUACCACACGCCUGCCACAGCCCUCAUGAUGGUGGAUAAUGCUCUGUUCAGACUCUUAGCCGGGCCCAACGCAUCUAUCCUGACAGGCAAUUACCCCAUGCCUAGAAACCUUUCUGAAGCUGCGAGGAGCCAGCUCACAGAGGGUAAGACUGGGUUUGCCAUUGCCAUCAAUCUGAUGUAUGGCAUGGCCUCACUGUCCAGCACGUUUGCAUUGCUGCUUGUAACUGAGUCCUCCAUCAAGUCAAAGCACGUGCAGCAGGUCAGCGGCGUCUACCUCUCCAACUUCUGGUUCUCUGCACUGCUGUGGGACCUGAUCAACUUCCUGCUUCCGUGCCUCCUCAUGCUGGUUGUAUUUCAGGCGUUCGGAGUUGAGGCUUUUGUUGCGGAUCACCACCUAGUCGACGUUCUCCUGAUACUUGUCCUGUACGGCUGGGCCAUCGUGCCUCUGAUGUAUCUGCUCAGCUUCCUGUUUUCCACUGCUGCCACUGCCUACACACGCCUCACUAUCUUCAAUAUGAUCUCCGGCACUGCCACGUUCCUGGCAGUCACUAUCAUGGCCAUCCCAGAAUUGAACCUUGUGCACCUGUCACACUUGUUGGAUAAGGUCUUCCUGAUCUUCCCCAACUACUGCCUGGGCAUGUCAUUCAGCCAGUUCUACCAGAACUAUGAAUUUAUAAAGUUCUGCACCUCAAGUCCCAUGAGCGAAACAAUCUGCAAAUACCUAAACAUCACAUACCAAACAAACUUCUUUUCGAUGUCAGAGCCUGGUGUGGGUCGUUUUCUGGUCUCCCUCUCUGUGCAGGGCGUCGUCUUCAAUGCGCUGCUGUUUGUCAUCGAGCUGCAGUGUGUCCGCACCGUCUGCAGACUCUUUACCUCUCUGGGCAGAAGACGCAAACAGAUGCCUCUCUUAGAUGAUGCAGCGUUCCUCCCUGAGGACCGGGAUGUGGCUGAGGAGAGGAAGCGGGUCCUGGAGUGCCAGCCGGUGGUGGAGUCCAUGGUGGGCAGCCCCCUCAUACUGCAUGAGCUCAGCAAAGUUUACAGCAGUGGGGAGAACCUCCUGGCUGUAGACAGACUGUCGCUGGCUGUAGGGAAGGGGGAGUGUUUUGGCCUCCUGGGCUUCAACGGGGCAGGGAAGACCACAACGUUUAAGAUGCUGACGGGUGAUGAGAGCGUUACUUCAGGAGACGCAUACAUAGACGGCUACAGCAUCCUGAGGGACAUUAAAAAGGUACAGCAGCGCAUAGGUUACUGUCCUCAGUUUGAUGCGGUGCUGGACCACAUGACAGGAAGAGAGACGCUGAGCAUGUACGCUAGGCUGAGAGGAAUCCCAGAGAAGUAUGUACCGGGCUGUGUGGAGAACGUCCUGAGGUCAUUGCUGCUGGAGCCUCAUGCUGAUAAACUGACCCGCAGCUACAGCGGUGGUAACAAGAGGAAGCUGAGUGCAGGAAUGGCUCUGAUUGGUGGACCUCCAGUCAUCUUCCUGGAUGAGCCUUCCACAGGGAUGGACCCUGUGGCCCGGAGGCUGCUGUGGGACGCAGUCACACGCACCCGGGAAUCUGGGAAAGCCAUAAUAAUCACUUCUCACAGCAUGGAGGAGUGCGAGGCGCUUUGCACCAGGCUGGCAGUGAUGGUUAACGGUCAGUUCAAGUGCCUCGGGAGUCCCCAGCAUCUGAAGAGCAAGUUUGGCAGCGGCUACACCCUCUUGGCUAAAGUACACAGGGAGGAUGAUUUGGAGGACAGCGACCUGCUGCUUUUUAAAGACUUCAUUGAAAGUACCUUUCCAGGAAGCCAAAUCAAAGAUGAGCACCAGGGAAUGGUUCACUACCACCUCACUGAUAAAACACUAACCUGGGCGCAGGUGUUUGGCACUUUGGAGGCAGCCAAAGAGAAGUACCGCAUUGAAGACUAUUGUGUGAGUCAGAUAUCCUUGGAGCAAGUCUUCCUGAGCUUUGCUCAGUUCCAGCACUGCACACAGACUGACAGGAAGUAGGUGAAAGGAACAGGAAUUCCCUCCAGACCAGUCUGGAAGAAAACCGGUGGAAGCAAAAACCAGUGUCUAGACCACCAACGCUAACAUAGUGGGCGGUCCACUCUGAAACCUCAUCAUUUCUUCUACUUCAUGAGACAUUGUUGGGUCAUUCACACUGUUUGUUGUCGCCGUGUGAAGUUAGGAACACUGACUCUCAUCGUAGCUUGUGGGGUGUUGAUUAUACCAAGUAAUGAACUCUUAGAUCUGCACCUUUUUAAUUGAAUCAAACUCGAUAACGACCUUCAACCGCUACACCAAACUGUGCGUUAAAGGGUCAAUGCGUGUGUGUUUAAUAUUUGUAAAGUUUUCGUUUCUCUUAUUUAUGACUUUUAUUACUUGUUUCCGAGAUUUUGUGCUGAUUUUCAUCACAGGAGAAUGAACCACUCUGAUGAUUGUGAAGUUGUGGUGCACCUUCAAGCCUUAUCCACGAAAACUUUUCUUUUUAGGUUUCCUUGAACAAAAGGAUCCAAAUACAGAAAAAACCUCUUGUCGUUGCCAAUUGCACCUAACGGCGCUCAGUUCAAGACUGUUUUCAAUGUAAUGUAAAAAGGAAGUCGGAAUGAGGGAGAGUUGUAGGUUGCAGGGAAUCAAUAGAUGUUGAAGAGUGAUCCUCAGAUUACAUUUAAUCAUUGCUGAAUGCAGUCAGUGCUUCAGUUCCUGUAAAUCAAAGCAUCGUUAGCAAUGUGCAACAACAAGGAGGUUAAUAAUUACAAUUCAGGAUGGAGAUUGGCUCUGAUUCCUUAAUGCACUUUGAAAACCAAGAGAGAGCUAAUUUUCAAUAAACGGGAAAAUGUAUCACCCAGCAAUGAUCGAAUAUUACUACUAAGAAAGCCAAGCUUUUGUCUGGGAAAUUUUAGUUACCCCUGUUUUUAACCCCUCUUCUUAAGCUCUUGGUUACACAUUAAAGCUCAAUUUAAAGCAUGUUAACAUUAAUACAUUCCUAGAGUAAAAUCUCUACAAGGAUGUAUGUUUUAUCUAGAAAUAUUAAGAUAUACUUUUAUCGUUUUUUAAAAGUAAGAGUUUGGAUUUCCAAAUAUAGUCUCCUGGAUUUCCACAGUCUCAAUAUUACAAACCAGGACAAAUAAACAGAAUGUUUCCUCAUACUCGGACAAACUAAUCACUUCAGCGGUGUAAUGAAUGUACGUCCUUCCAUGCCGUCCGACUUUAACCUUUUAAUUUAUACUUUUAAGGACUUCUUUAUAUUUUUUAGUGCACUUCAUUCCUGUAAUGCAAAUGACUUGAAAAGGUUAUACAGCAUGAAUAUGUGAAAUACGUGCACUGCUAGUGUUGUAACGAUCAAGUCCUGCUGAAGAAUGGCGUGUCAUAUUUUAUAAAAAGGGAAUUCACAUCAUCGCAGCUGUGUGUUGUACUGUACCAUGGAACUGAACCUGUCAUAUCUCUGUGUAUCGCUGUCCUUUUUAAAUUAAAUAAAGCUCUCAAUGCAAAUGAGGGCAAACGCCUGA